AUGAUCAUAGACGGACUUGCAGCCAAACUCGACAUUCGGUUGGCAUACGAAUCCAAGAUUCAUACAUUCUAUGGUGAAACGACGCGUCUUACGCUACCCGGAGCUGCACAAGUUCGUUCACUCUCGCUAGCCAAGACGAAAAACUAUAUGAAUGUAUCGGGGCCCGCUGUAAAGGCGACGUACGAACAGAAGCUACACCCUGCAUCUGUCUCGCGUGGCCGACAGAUGAUCAUUAUUCACGAUUCUAUCGACCAUGUCCCGAUGAAGAUUGCCCCGCGCUUUGGAGGGUCUGCGAAUGGCCAUAAUGGGAUCAAGUCUGUGAUUGCUGCGUUUGGAACCAAAGACUUUUGGCGAAUACGGAUCGGGAUUGGGAUGCCUCCUCGCGGUGCAUUAGAGCAAUAUGUACUCGAUCGCUUGUCUCCCGAGGAGCUGCGCUACUGGCAACCUGGUGGAGAGGGGUAUCGAAAAGGUGUGGGAGGCAGUGAUCAAAAUCAUUGA